AUGGCUAGGACUCCUGGGUCCUCUCCCCUCCGCUCUUCUCCCCUGCUUCGCUUCCCUUCCCCGAAGCAGCCGAGUGACCCCCUCCUGACCCCCAACACCGUGUGCCUGACGCUGCCGGGGCUCAGCAAGCGCCAGAUGGGGCUGUGCGUGCGCAGCCCCGACGUGACCGCCUCAGCCCUGCAGGGCAUCCAGAUCGCCAUCCACGAGUGCCAGCACCAGCUGCGGGACCAGCGCCGGAACUCUGGGUCCCUGGUGUCCCUGCUUGGGAGGGGUCCGGCCUGGGCGCCAGCUCACCCCCUUGCCAUGUGCUCCACAGGCUUCCGGGAAAGCGCCUUUGCCUUCUCCCUGCUGGCGGCCGGCGUGAUGCACUCCGUGGCCACGGCCUGCACCCUGGGCAAGCUGCGGGGCUGUGGCUGCAUGUGGCGGUGGGGCGGUUGGGGCCCCGACGUCAGUUUCGGGGAGCGCUUCUCCCGGCAAUUCCUGGACUCACGAGAGGCGCCGCGUGACAUCCAAGCCCGCAUGAGGAUCCACAACAACUGGGUGGGCAGGCAGGUGGUGACGGAGAACAUGAAGCGCAAGUGCAAAUGCCACGGCACCUCGGGCAGCUGCCAGUUCCGGACGUGUUGGCCGGUGGGACCCGAGCCCGAGGCAUACCGCAGAGCAGCACCCCAUGUUGUCACACCAGUUGCUACCAGUAAACGCAUCUGCCUGGAGAGCCUCUGGUGA